AUGGAGGCUAGCCUCACUGAGUACUAUCGCCAAGAGUGUCUGCGUGCCCUGUACGCCAAACAAGAGCGGCCACGCUAUUGUGCUUGGGUCAACAAGGACAUGAUGGCCAAAGCUCCACGACGACCGCGCAAGCGCGUGACUUUCGCCACGGUCCUGGAGAUCGUUGGCACCGCCGACGCCAGUGUGGAUCGCCGUCCCAUUGACGUGUCUCCAAUUUCGAGGCUUGAGAUCAUGGAGUUGCUGUCUCAGCGCAUAUUUCCCGGCCAAGCUUGCAACUGA